AUGAUUCAAGAAUCGAAGGGUAAAGUGGAUCUGCUACAGGCGAGAGUCUCACUUCAUUUAUGUUACCUAGGUGGUUGCGGCCAGCAUGUCGUCGAAGGGAUCCUUGAGACCGGGAAAUACGAUGUGGUCGUCCUUUCGCGCAAGGUAAAACAUUCCCUAACGCACAUCGCCACAACCAACCUACCCCCUCGCCCCAACCUAACCGUCCGCGCGGUCGACUACGCCUCCCCCAUCUCCAUCCAACAAGCCCUACAAGGCGUCGACACGCUCAUCUCCACCCUCAUUGGCGAAAACUUCAAAGAAGUCCAACUAGCUCUCAUCAGUGGCUGCAAAGCCGCGGGCGUGCGUCGAUUCGCGCCGUCCGAAUGGGCGGGGGAUACCGAGAAGAACCGGAUUAUCGAUCUGUACAGGCCGAAGAAUGAGAUUAUUGAGGCGUUGGAUAACACAGAGGGGUUGGAGUGGACGCUUUUUACUCCCGGGAUCUUCAUGAACUACCUCGCAACGCCCCACACCACCUCCCACCUCCCCCCCCUCAAAUUCCUCAUCGACGCCGAAAACAACACCGCCCUCAUCCCUGGCACCGGCACCGAGCCCAUCAUCUACACCACCGCCCAAGACGUCGGCCGCUUCGUCGCCGCCACCCUCUCCCUCCCCCACUGGCCGCGCAAGUCCGCCAUGGCCGGCUCCGUGACAACAUUCAACGAGAUUAUCGACGCCCUCGAAAAAGUGAAAGGAGUCAAGUUUGAGCGGGAUUAUAGGAGUAAAGAGGUGCUUGAGAGGGAGGUGGAGGAAGCCAGGGAGGAUGUGAUGAAGCGGUUUUAUGCGCAGGUUGCGUUGGCGUUGGUUGUGAAUGGGGAGCAGUUUGCGUUUGAGACGAAUUUGAAUGGGUUGUUUCCGGAGAUUAGGCCGACGGGGGUGGAGGAGUUUGUCAGGACGUGGUGGGGGAAGAAAUCUGAGUAA